UCCUUUCAGAAGCCUUCCAAAAGGAAACGGUGUCCGUACAAGGCGAAACUAUCCAGCAGAUACUGUGCUUCGCCAGUACGACCUCGCGCUCGUUCGACGUCAUUUAUCGCAAGCCGUUGGUGCGACGGAGAGAGAGCUACGCACAUUCGGCUUACUUACUCUGUCUCUCGCGGCCACCUACUAAACAGAAGGCUACUUUCGAAAGCUCACGGCUUAACACGGGGAACUUACCCAUACGAUGAUCAAAGCCGCCUCAAUGGUACAGCAACACCCACCAACGCCGCCGGCAGGGCCCGCGGAGCUCUCGUAUGACAUACAUCACCUGCCUCCGCACGGCACCAACCCGGGCUUCAAGUACGAAAUCGGCGACUCACCGUACGCUCAUUCCGGCUCACAGUCGGCCUACGGCUCACCUGCGCCUGGAAUGCAGCAUCAGCACUCAGGUGACCCGUACAUGAGCCCGCAAUAUGGCAUCAGCAACUAUCCAGAGCCACAUGGACAGAACGAUGGCGGCUUGGGUAUAUCUAUGGACGGCUAUGGGGCACCUGGUCCAACUUACUACCAUGACGAAAGUCAGGCAUACCACGGUCUCCUGUACCUUCAGCAUGGCAUGCAAGCGCACACGCCACCCACUCCAAGGUCUGCCACUGCUAGUGAAGGCGGACGGAGAACCAGAGGCGGUGCUACUCGCACUGGAUCCCCCAUCACCAAGUCGCGCGUCACGAAGUCCAGGGCGAAGAAACCCAGUGACAACAAGAACAAGCCAAAGACCCCGAAGCUGACGGCGCCGUUGAGUAUCUUGACCAAGGACUACGACAAGAUCCCGGUGAGGAACAUGGAGGAGUGGGUCAACAGGUCUGAAUCGGUGCGCCGAGAGGAAGUCGAGAAGCGCAAUGGCUAUGUUACAAGGCCCAUGAACUCUUUCAUGUUGUAUCGCUCCGCAUACGCCGAACGCACGAAGAAUUGGUGUCUACAGAACAACCACCAGGUCGUGUCUUCCGUUUCUGGCGAGUCUUGGCCCAUGGAGCCGCCCGAGGUCCGCGAGCACUACAACGAGCUGGCCAAGAUCGAGCGCAUCAAUCACCAGAACGCGCACCCAACCUACAAGUUCAGCCCCAGCAAAGCAAACACCGCAGCCCGCAAGCGCAAGGGAACUUACUCGGACGAGGAAGAAGACCACGAGCCUUCCGACCUUGACGACCCCGACGCGGAAUGGGCACCUCAUGGCCGUCGUUCCAAGACCAAGUCUAACAGACGCCUUGGCUGUGAGCCCACCAUGUUCGAUGAAUAUGGCAUCAAUGCCGCCAUCAACAAGUCUUCCUGGGAGGCCACGAACGAGGGCCGCCCUGUCCCUGCCGCUCUCACUGGAGCCCAGUUGCAACACGAAUAUUACCAAACGACCAUCCACGCGCACGGUGGCACACCCGGCAUCGAAGAUGUGCACAUGCACCGCAUGGAGCAUCCAAGCGCAGCGCUGCGUCACUACCACCACCUCGUGAACCCGCAACAUCAACAACAACAACAACAACAACAACAACAACAACAACAACAACAGGCAACAGGCCUGAUCGGCAUGCCGGGCGGACAUGGCCGGCACCACGAGCUUUUGCAGUUGGGCGGUCCGGUGGCGGUACCUGGCGCGUUUGCAGAACCCCAGGUCGACCCGAUGCUACUGACGUACACGGGCGGCGAGCAGCUUGGCGGCGAACCGCAACACUUUGAUGGAGUCGGUACAUACGGCGAACAAUUCGGCGGGACGUUUUUGGGUGGCGAGGAGCCGCAGCACAGUCAGCCUGAUUGGCGGGUUGACAGCAGCUUGAUGCCGUUGGAGGCGGGCAGCGAGUUCGACAAGUGGAUGGAUGAGCAUCAUUAGGUUUGGCUUGAUGGGUGUUGCGAUGUGAAGGUGACGAUGAUAGUGAUGGCGACGGGAAGGUUUUGGGAGAUGAUAGCACUACACUCAUUGAUGUGGCAGGGAUGGUUAGUUGGAGCACGCACGGCGCGAGGCCCGUUUGUACAAGUAGCCUGGCUUGGGCCGGCGUGGCGGCGAGGAGAAAGCCAUUGCAUGCGGCGGAGUAUGUUUCCUUAAGUGCAGCUUUGCCUUUCCUUAAUUCCCUUCUACUGCAUGCACUUUACUGGAUCCAAAACACAAAUCUGCAUAGCACAGGGGAACGAGGAUAUGGAUGGGGAGGGGGAUGGUAUUGGGCGGCUCAGUGGCUUUGUAGACUUCCAGGUUGAUAGACGGGGAAUCCAUAUCUGACU